AUGGUCGGCUCAGCUCUAUCCGAGGCCAAAGCAUUUUAUAAACGGACUCGUCCACGUUUUCGAGGCUAUCAAUUUCACAUCAUGGCCUCCGAACAGAUGGCAGAGACGACGAAACCCUACGUGCGGGUCGCGACGCUCGACGACCUCGACGAGUUUGUGCAGGUCGCCAAUCGGGCGUUUCUACACGACCCCGCGUUCAACUAUUCCGCGAAUCUCCAAAAGCUCAUCGACCCAAAGGUGGACGCGGACGAGUCUAGAAGGCGAGGGGACCUCCAUCUGUUCCUGGCCAAAUCAUGCUUCCUCGCCGGUGGACGCGUCACGGUCGUCGUUGACCCAGAAAGCAACGGCCGAAUCGCAGCGGGUGCGCUAUGGAUGCCACCACGAAAGCGGCUGGCGAUAUGGCAACUAUACCUGCUCUUCAAAGCUGGCUUUGGGCGUGUGUUGCAGCACUGGAAGUUGACGGGGUUCCUGAGGAUGAUUAUUGAGUAUCACGACGGUGCCGAGAAGAAGAUGAAGAGAUGCUUUCAAGAAAAAGGCGUGAAGGAACCUCCCGAGGACGCAUGGUAUGUCCAGCAGAUAUUUACUGACCCGGACUAUCAGGGCAGAGGCCUGAUGUCGACGCUUAUGCGAGAAGCAUUCGCGAACGCACCUGAAGCAACAUUUUGUCUCGAAGCCAGCACGGCGAAGUCGCGAGACCAGUACGCCCACUUAGGAUUCGAGAACCCCAUACCAAUACCAAUGGGUGUUGGAAAGUGCAAUACUAGUGGGCUCCGAGCUACCGGAAAGGACGCGACGGGGGUCGAAAUCUAUGCGAUGGGAAGGUGGCCAUCGAAGCAAUGA